CUAUAGUAGUGAAGCGGAACGUCGAUGCAAAAUAGGUACUACACAUACAGCCUUGAGGCAGCAACUAUCCCUGGUGUGCAGGACCGUGAGACGCGAGUUCCGUUGAAUCUUGAGACAGCCCUAGCUGCGCUACAUGCAGCCCAUGAAAGGAUAAGAGAGCAAGAUGCUGAAAUUGCACAGUUGCGGAUGGCCGUCGCAGAAGUAGACCGCACGAACCAUUUCCUGGCUGCAGAGCUUGGACAAGCUCAACAACUGCUGCGCACUUUUGACCCACCAGUUGGCAUCUCUGGAGUGCUGCAGCAGGAAAUGCAAGUGAUUCAGAGGAAAUUCAUCACUCCUGAUGAGUCCAGCCACAGCGCACAGGCUUCAUCAUCGCGACAGUUUCAACCAGGAGAUCGAGUACCGUCACCCAGCUCGCUUCCAACACCAUUCCACUCCGGAGGUGCUUCCUCAAGCUCACAUUUGCAAAAGGUUGAGGACUUGCCAGAUGACGUACCCACACUUGGGUCUUCGGGCCACAGUCAAGGACAGUGCAAGCCUUGCUUCUACGUGUUCAGCAGAAAUGGUUGCAAGUUUGGCAGGUCUUGCAUGUACUGCCACCUCAACCAUGCCAGGCCAAAGAAAGAGCGACCACCAAAGCUGGUCCGACAAGAGUGCAAAGAACUUGCCAACCAGGUAUUUCGAAACACUCCGGUCGCAGCCACAGUGUGAUAGACAGUUGCAACAACGAGGAUUCAUAUGCCUACUGGGUAGUUGGUGUUUCAAGACAAUUUCAAAGAUCGAGCGAGUUCGAUUAUAUAAACUUCGUGGCUUCAUUGCUUUGUGGAUUUGUGUGGAGAUGCGCCGGGCGGUCUUUUGAGUCACGAUGGCGUCUUGUGAUGCAGUCCUUCGCAGGUGCGUUUGGUUUACGCUAUACUGGCGUUGAUUUUCCUCUUGCCUGUUCUCUAAGUCGACAAAGCGCUGAUCUCUAUACUCUACUGUAUCCGUCUAUGUUUGAUCUAUAUUCAAAUCUCGGUCGGCCUUGUCCGGAGCAUGAGUGGUCAGGUUCUCUAGAAGGCUCUUGUUUUCCUGGUCACAGGUUCAUCCAUUCUUGCAACCAUUAUCAAUUCCGUUUUCAAUAGUCACCAAGGUACACCUCUGCAGAUGCAGCAAUUUUAACCUAGAAGUUGAACGAUGCCGAGCUCGAUUGCUUCACGUUGUCUCGCACGAACUCAACUUCCCACUUUGCAUCACAUAGUACGCAAGGCAUCAGCCGAUCCAGAGGCGCAGAGCACUUGCUCCGGAGUUUUUACAGUCCCACCUACAAGACAUGAACUUACGCAUGAAUUGAUCUGUGCCAGUAAGAUAUCGGCACAAGACUCCGCAUUUUAUUGAUAUUUUUUCGCUGUCAGGGAAGGCUCAUGAGCAGACACGAGCUAUCCCGAGCGAGUCCUGUGACGACAAAGUAUGCUGCGUCCGUACUUCGAGCACUUGGCCGGCAGAAGGCAGAGCCCAUGGGGCCGGAAGCAAGGGAGUUCUAAGAGAUACUCUGUCUCUGAGUCUGGAUUUGAAGCCGAAGCAAUGCCUGUGUUGCGUAGGUGGCAGAGCUGAGGUGUCCCCCAAUCUGUUCCAAAAUUUCCAAAGGCAAAGGCCAGCUCUCAACAGGACUGCUUGGCCUCCUGGGGGGUCUUGGCAAAUUACGCAGAGUUCUUCAAGCGGGGCUUCAUGACUUGAUGCUAUUGCUUCAGCCUCAGUUAGAACAGCGAACUCAGCAGACUUAUGCUCGAGUUUAGUCAGCUUGCAGAGCUUUCAUGCC